CAUGUGCACGGGGCAAACGGAGAUCAAGGAGACUUUCAAGUACAUCAACACGGUGGUGUCCUGCCUCGUCUUCGUCCUGGGCAUCAUCGGCAACUCCACGCUGCUGCGGAUCAUCUACAAGAACAAGUGCAUGAGGAAUGGCCCCAACAUCCUCAUCGCCAGCCUGGCCCUGGGCGACCUGCUUCACAUCGUCAUCGACAUCCCCAUCAACGUCUACAAGCUGCUUGCAGAGGACUGGCCCUUCGGUGUUGAAAUGUGCAAAUUAGUACCCUUCAUUCAAAAGGCAUCAGUGGGCAUCACAGUGUUGAGUUUGUGUGCCCUCAGUAUAGAUAGGUACCGAGCAGUUGCUUCUUGGAGUCGUAUUAAAGGAAUUGGAGUACCAAAGUGGACUGCUGUUGAAAUUGUACUGAUUUGGGUUAUAUCAGUGAUAUUGGCUGUUCCAGAAGCUAUUGCAUUUGACAUGAUUACAAUGGAGUACAGAGGAAAGGAUCUUAGAAUCUGCCUGCUUCACCCCACGCAGAAAACAUCCUUUAUGAUGUUUUACAAGCAAGCUAAAGACUGGUGGCUGUUUAGCUUUUACUUCUGUUUGCCACUGGCUAUCACAGCAUUUUUCUACACACUUAUGACCUGUGAGAUGUUACGAAAGAAAAGUGGGAUGCAGAUUGCUUUAAAUGACCAUUUAAAACAGAGGCGUGAGGUGGCCAAAACCGUGUUCUGUCUGGUACUUGUUUUUGCCUUGUGCUGGCUCCCACUUCACUUAAGCAGAAUAUUGAAGCUCACUAUUUAUGAUCAGAAGGACCCCAACAGAUGUGAACUUUUAAGCUUUUUUCUUGUGAUGGACUACAUUGGUAUUAACAUGGCUUCACUGAAUUCCUGCAUCAAUCCGAUAGCUCUGUAUUUGGUGAGCAAAAGAUUCCAAAACUGCUUUAAGUCAUGCUUGUGUUGCUGGUGCCAAUCCAAAGAUCUGUUGUCCCUGGAGGAAAGGCAGUCCUGUUUAAAGUUCAAAGCUAACGAUCACGGAUAUGAUAAUUUCCGCUCCAGUAACAAGUACAGCUCUUCAUAAAACAAGCAUAAAAGCCUGCUGCUCAGACCGUCGUGUUCUUGUAGUCUGCUCAAGAAGGCCCAAGAGUUCUCCACGUACAUGCAGUGCACUUCUGUUCAAAUUUCAAUCCAAGUUGCUGAACAGCUGUCCACAUCAGAAGAUCAAGGGAGACAAAAAUGGGUCGAAAUUAGUCUUCUGUGUUCUGCUGGUCAUCUUUCUUCUCAGUCAGCAGUGGUAAGAUUACUGUAUUAGAUAGCAACAAUAGUCACAUGGUUUAUUGGCUUGCAAUUGCUAACUUAAAAGUGCUGUUAUUAAAUAAAACCCUGGCAUCUAUUUGGUCUUGUCAGUCUUUCAAAGUAAUCUCAUUUAGCUGUGAAGGAGGUCCCAAAUCUCACCAUCACCAGUGAAAC